AUGAGAAUCCUUGGUGAGAAGGUACUCCGGAUAUUGGUCUUUUCUUUUCCUCUCUUCAAGAAAUUUCGCUCAAAUUAAUUUUCUCAGAUCCAUUGCUACUGUCGACCAGCUUCGGUCCCCUCUUGGCUUGAAGUCGUGGCAAAGUGUGAGCUUUUGGUCGGUCGGCAGCUUGUAUCGAUCAGAACCGACGUGGACGACGAGGCGACAAGCAAGCGCGUGCAGCCUCCUAUUACGGAAAGAUAUGGUCAUGCUGCUGGUGCGGGAUUACUCGCGGCUGGCGCGUGAGGGAGCACGCCAUGCUCGGAGAGUCCAUCGGCGCCAGCGCGUUGGUAAUAGUACUCCCGACGGAGCAAGCAGGCAACGGACAGCUGACUGUGUGUGUGCGGCCGGCCUGUGUCUCUGCCUCAUUUCGCGCGCCACCGACUAUGGCACUGAACUCCCAGGGCAGCCAGAUAGAUGAACGCGAGUGA